AUGGAUCAUGGAAAUGAAGAAGUGGAAAGGGGCAGGCUUGCCGUGAUUCGACAGCAUGUUGAAAGUGUGAAGGAGGUGAUGAACAAUAACAUGCAAAGAGUGCUAGAAAGAGGUGAACAGCUGGAAAAUAUUGAGAAUAGAACGGAAGCACUCACUCAAUCGUCUCAAACCUUCCAUUGGACAGCACGACGCGUCCAGCGUCGAAUGUGUGUGAAGAAUGCAAAAUGGAUUAUUAUCAUCACUAUUUUUUUAAUGGUUGUUGCUGUUAGUAUCAUACUUAUUAUGCUGAAGAACUCUGGCGUUCUCGGUUAUUCUUCAUUAUAA